CCAUUUCCCCGCGCUCGUCGCUAUCGUAACCUACUCUCAGCGCAUGCUCUUCUCGGAUCGUCUGCUCGUCUGCAGACUCGCACCGCAUGGGCUCAUCUUGGCGGCGCUCGUCGCGCUGAAUGAGACGCGCUUUGGGCGCCACUAAGGGGGUUCCCUGGGACAAUGGAUGGAUGAAUGCGCCCAGGACGGGAAAGAAUGGUGAUGUGAGCAUCACCAGCCCUGCCUCAGCCACCCGCACGGGACACUAUCUUCUUGGCUGCAUGGGUGUCUUGUUGUGCACAACCCAUCACCCCCACGCAUCCAUCUCUCACUUACUCUUCAUUAUUGGCCUUGCCACGACCUACAGCUCUCACCCCACUCACGCUCCUUACUACACUCUUUCGCCAUGUGGGGAUCUCUUGCCCUCGCCACCAUCGCCCUCGGCGCUGCCGCGCCCGCCAUCGCACAAGGUGCCACCUGCAAUCAGACACAGGCGUGUCCCCUCUCGGCCCCCUGCUGCUCGCCCUACGGCUACUGCGGCAAGGGCCAGUUCUGUCUCGGCGGAUGCGAGCCGCUCUACUCGAACAAGCUCACCUCAUGCAAGCCAGAACCUGUGUGCCGCGACCUCGUUACCGACUUUAACGACUUGAGCCGCGUGCUCAUGAACGGAACCACGUACGACGGAAAUGUGACCUCGUGGGACUGGGUCGUCGACUCUGGCAAGCUCGAGCCAGCGCCCAACGGCGAUGGCGCGCGCCUCACACUCACGGAGAAGGGCGGCACUAAGAUUUCGUCGACGCGCUACGUGCACUAUGGCUUGAUUGACUUUGUCAUGCAGACAUCAAACUGGCCAGGUGUUGUGUCCGCUGCCAUCACCAUGUCGGAUGUCAAGGACGAGAUCGACUUUGAGUGGCCCGGCGCCAUCACUAACCAGGUCCAGAGCAACUUCUUCUUCCUCGGUCACGUCAACUACUCGGACUCGAACGGCGGGUACCACAACCUCUCGGGCAACACAGCCACGCAGUUCCACAAGUAUACGAUCAACUGGCAGCCCGAGGUGCUCGAGUGGUGGAUUGACGAGAAGGUUGUCCGCUCUGUCAAGAAGGCCGACACUUGGAAGGAGAGCACCCAGCAGUACUACUUCCCUACCACCCCUUCGCGCGUGCAAAUCUCGAUCUGGCCCGCCGGUAUCGAGGGCGCAGCCAAGGGUACCGUCGAGUGGGCGGGCGGCAUGAUCGACUGGAGCGAGCCCGACUACAUCAACAACGGCUACUUCUGGAACACGAUCAAGGAGGUCAGCGUCAGCUGCACUGACGAGCUCCCCAUCACCGACGACACGACAGGUUACCAGUUCAUCGGCAACGACACGGACAACGUGCCAAUGGUCGGUCUCACCAACCGCUCAACCAACAUGCGCGUGAACGGCGCUGGCGCCGUUUCGCCAGCCAGCACGGGCGUCACUUUGGCGCUCGCUGCCUCGCUUCUCUUGGCCUUCCCGGCGAUGGCCUGGGUUGCGUAAUUUUUCUUGGACUCUGUAUGCCCCAUUCCUCCGCCCCUUCAUGCAUAUCUGCGACUGGUGACGUAUCCAAAUUCCGUACCAGGAGCAAGCCGCGUGGAACGUCGGAUCAAGACGGCACGCCGGGUCGAAGGCGUUGAGAAUUGAAUGAGAUGCGUUGACGCAGGCCGGAAAUGCGCCGCAGCUUGGCGCAUGUCUCAUUUCACUAUGGGAGCGGCACAGACCACAUGUUGAGGCGUAGGCGAUGUCAUGAGAAUGUAGAGGAAUGAUGGAGGCGCACUUCGCACGCACGCCAUGGCCCUCUCGUUGGUACGU